AUGGCGGAUAGACACGCUCGUAACCCUCCCCGCGGGGGCGCGAAAGACUACAACGACAGAGACAGACACGGCAGAGACAACCGCGACCGCGAUCGCGAGCGAGAUCGAGACCACGACCGUAGCCGUGGUCGGAGAGGAGGUAGGGGUGGACGAGACGGUCGAGACAGGGACAGCCGACGAUACAGGUCCCGAUCCAGAGACAGGCACGAUCGUGACCGUGACCGUGACCGCCGGCGCUCGCGCUCCCCGAUUCGCGAGAGAGACGGACACGAUCGACGCGAUGACAGGGUCAGAGACGGAGGUAGAGGAGGCCGGCGCGACGGUCCCAGAGACUCUCGCCGAGAUCGGGGUGACGCCGAUAAGGAUGGCAUGAGCAAACCAGACAGAGGUACGUUUGGCAACCGGAGUCACUCCCUUCGCAGGGGCUCCUCACCGCCCCGAGAGCCAGAACCACACGCGAAGUCACCACGGAGCCCCUCACAAACAGCAGCACACGACGAUCACCGUCUUUCGAUAAGGUCGAAAUCCGAGAACGCCCCAGCUGCUGCGGCACCGGUACCAGUGUCGUUCAAGGUCAAGGGACACGACCAACGCCGAUCCGAUAUCACUCAUGCGGAGGAGCAGCGCCAGUCGUCCCGGGAGCAGACAGAAGAGCACGAAGAGGAACAUAUGUCGAGGGGACGAUUUGACGCAGAUCCCAUGGACGAGGACGAGGAAGACGACGUGGUUGUCGAGGACGAUGGUCUUGGAGAUAUGGCCUCUAUGAUGGGCUUCGGCGGCUUUGGCACGACCAAGAACCAGAAAGUCAAGGGCAACAAUGUUGGUGCGGUGCGGAAGGAGAAGAAGACGGAGUAUCGCCAGUACAUGAACCGUGUCGGCGGCUUUAACCGACCGCUUAGCCCGAGUCGUUUUUACAACCAGACCCUCAAAAUGGGCGCCUCAAAAACAGAGCUCAAGGCAGCUGUGCCAAGCAAGAAAGAUAAGAAGGAAAAGAAGGAGAAGAAGUCCUCUAAGAAAUCCAGCCCCGAGACUGCGGAAGUCGCCGCUGUCGCUGCUUCCGACGAGUCUGUUGCCGUCGCUCAGUCCAGCGAACAGAAGAAGGAGAAGAAAUCCAAGAAGUCUAAGGACGCGAAACACAAGCUUGAUGAGGAGGAGGAGGAGGAGGAUAAGCCCUCUUCUAAGAAGCGCAAGUCGGAGGAGGACAAGGAGACCACCAGCACCGAGAAGGUAGAGAAGAAGAAGGAGAAGAAGGAUAAGAAGAGCAAGUCCGAGUCCAAGGAGGACAAGAAGGAGAAGAAGGACAAGAAGCGGAAGCACGACGACGAUGACGACGAAGAGGAAAAGAAGGAGGAGCCGGUCGCCAAGGUCGCCAAGAUCGUAAAGGAGGAGGAGGCUGAGAAGAAGAAAUCCAAGAAGGACAAGAAGUCCAAGGGCGAGAAGGAGAGCAGCAGCAGCAGCAGCAGUGAGAAGAAACACAAGGAGAAGAAGGAGAAGAAAGACAAGAAAGACAAGAAGAGCAAGCACGACAAGGAAGAAGAAGAGCCCGUUGUGAAGAAGGAAAAGAAGGCUGAGAGCAAGAAGGAGUCCAAGAAGGAUAAGAAAGAUAAAAAGGAGAAGAAGGACAAGAAGAAGGAGGACGAGACCAAGACCACAGAGGCCAAAGCAUCAACAACUACUUCAGCCGCCACCACCACCAACACCACCACCACAACCCCCAACCCCGCAGCGGUACUCGCAGCCAACUGGAACGUCAACGCGCUCGACGGCGGCGCAUCUCGCCAGUCCAAGAUGAUGAGGUUGCUCGGCGGCAAGAAGCUUGCUGCCGACGGUGCCGCUGCCGUUGCGGCGAAGAAGACGUUUGACGUCAACCAGGUGUCUCAGGAGCUUGAGCAGCAGUUCAAGGCCGGCAUUCACCAGAAGUUCGAGACGGGUGGUCAGCGUCGUGGUCUGGGUGCGUAG